UUUAUCAGAAGCAACACUAUAACAUCAGCUGAACAGGUUUGGUCAUAAAGGCGUGAAUCCGUCAGUCGGCAAGAUUCCUUCAAGUUGCUCGGGGUGCAAGAACAUAGAAUGACUGAUACGCGUUCAGUAGUAGAAUACUUUAUUGUAGUUAUGUGUUUACAGCUCAAUUUCAUAGGCGUUGAUUGUUUAUGCUUUGAAUGCAAUGAUUAUCGUCUCUCUGAUUUCGAAGGGAAGGCCGUUACAGACUUCCAACUCGCUACGUUCCUUCAUGUGGAGAUGGCAGGAUUUUGCACCCAAAGGUGUUUACAGGACCACAGAUGUAGGUCCUACAGGUACAACACAAGGACGAAGACAUGCUCUACCUACGGCUGUGGCUUCUCCCUCCCUUCGAAGACUCUGAACCCCGUGACUGAAGAGGGUGGAUCAAGACUAUAUGCGUUCUGUGGACGAGGUCCGUCGUUUGGGAUGAAGUGCGUGACGUCAUCAAAUUGCGCCUUCGGAAACUCAGCAUGCGCAGACGGCGUCUGUGUAUGCGUGACGGGGACAAGCUACGACGUCACGACUGGCAACUGUCUGAUUCGUUGCACCAUAUACGGCAGUGAAAGCAGUACUUACCCCGAAUCUGGAAUAGACGGCUGCAACAUUAACGCCCUGACAACGUCAACAAUGCAGGCGUGCAUUGCCGCAUGCAAGGGAGAGAUUGGCUUUGGGUGUAUCACUGCGGAGUUUUACCAUGAUGAUGGCACAUGUUACCUCUGUGACACACCCGCUCUAGAGCUCCCUGAGGGGUACGUUAGUUCUGGUACCGACCAUGGCUGGUCCCUGGCAGUACGACACUGUGCACAAUAACAAUACUGCAAUAACAAUACUGCAAUAACGAUACUGCUCAUACUGUGACAAUGAAUCAGAACG